GCUGAUUCAUGUUCUACUUGUUUCAUCUUUCUAGGGCUGGAAUCCCCACAUGCCCACGAAAAUGCAGCUGUGACUUGGCAAGGAGUGUGCAGUGCUACCGAGUUGGAGAAGUUCCUAAAGAGCUUCCUUCAACUACCAGGAAAAUUCGUAUCAGCCACAGCAAGAUCAAACAUCUCCAGAUUGCUGACAUUCGCAAAAUGCCUGCCCUUGAGGAAUUUGUCCUUGUCUUCAGUGGGACAGAAUCAGUGGAAAUUAAUACUUUCAAAGAUUUGGAUGCCUUGAAGAUCCUGGAACUCUGGAAGAAUAAACUAACUCACAUACCUACUUCCCUUCCAGAAAACCUUGAAACCUUGAAACUUGGUGACAAUUUAAUAAGUGUUCUACAUGAAUCUGAUUUUGAAGGUUUAAAAAAACUGAGAGAACUUGAUAUACAAAGCAAUUUGAUUUUGGUGUUUUCUUUUAGUACGCUUUCCUCCCUUAUAAGUUUACAGAGCUUGACUUUGGAUGGAAAUAAUAUGGAAUCUCUCUCUGGAUCAUUGCAUCUUCCCAACCUAAAGUAUCUUAGCAUGGAGAAUAAUAAACUGCAAUCUUUUUCAAAAAGCUUGUUCACAUCUCUUCAUAAUUUGCUGUUUCUUAAUUUAAAUGGUAAUCUACUGACAGAUGCUCCUUCUGAUCUGCCAAAAACUUUAUUGUCAUUGAAGCUGGAAAGAAACCAGCUGAAAGUGCUAAAAUUUGGAGAUAUGAAACAAUUGACAAAUUUGUCAGAGCUCUGCCUGUCUGAAAACCAGCUUUCAUCAGUUGAUGGUGUGCAGCUUCUUUCAAGUUUGAUGAGGCUGGAGCUGUCAAAGAACAAACUCCAAACAAUACCACUCAAAUUGCCAGUUACACUACAGAAAAUUGAUUUCACAAAUAAUCUGAUUGAGAGUAUUAAAGCACAAGAAUUUCAGGAUCUACGAAACCUCAACCAUUUGUUCCUUGACAAUAAUAUUGUUACCACAUUUGAAGAUGGAGCACUUCAAAAAUGUACACUGCUGAAUAAUUUAGCACUUGAACAAAAUCAGCUUAACUCAAUUCCACUAAAACUCCCACAUACUCUAACCAGACUGGAUCUAAAAGGAAAUAAUGUACGAAGUAUUAAAGAACAGGAAUUAACAAACUUAAGACAUCUAAAGGUGUUAAAUCUACGGAACAAUAAGAUAUCCACUCUGGAUUAUAAGGUCUUGAAACAUUUGCCUUGUCUCAGAUACCUGUAUUUAGAAGGCAACCCAUGGAAUUGUACUUGUGAACUCCUCCAAACCAAAAGUGUGCUCACCACCAAAGGCAUAGAGGUCAAGGGGGGUCAGUGUACAUCACCAUCAGAAAGCCAGGGUGUGAGCUGGAUGUCUUCAAGAAGAAUCUUUCAUUUGUGUGUACAUAAGAAUCUUUAUUCCAUGGAAGAGGGGAAAGAAAUAAGCAAGCAUGCAAAUGGUGAUGAUAUCUCCCAUCUCAGAGUAAAUAUGGAUGAUGAUUAUGAUUAUGAAAUAGAUUAAAGGCAACCUGAGAUACACUUCUGUAGAUAUCCUUCCUCUAAAG